CCCCUCUAUUUCGGACAUCAAAAGCUAUCAACAAUCUUCUCUUACGCUAACAACUGCAAUUUCGCUUAAAGCUCUCUAAUUUCUCUCUUUACUGCUAUAAUACUUCAUUCUUGAAAAACUUUCUUUAUUCUUCUUGUUAUUGCUAGUGUCUUUGCUUUACUGUUCUAUUAGUAGUUUCAUUUGUUUCUCAAUUUUUUCAAGCAUGGCAGAAUCAAAGGAUUGUCAUGUCAUCGUCGAAAUCCCUGUCGACGAAGAGCAUCAAGAAAAACUUUCUUCAGCCAUAACCACUGUAACUGCAAUUCUAAACCACCCAUUAAUGGAAAUUUCAAAAAGUCCAGGUCAUUUGUUACUUCUCAAGCUAUGGCAAAGAGAAGAAGAUCUCUCUGGCCGCAGAAUUGCAGCCAAAGAGGCCCGAAUGGAUAGCAUUCGGAGAGAAAUUUUUCAAAUUUGUUGUUUUUUCUUUAUAUUUCACGCGCUUUUCUUUACUAUUCUGUUCACAUCUGUUCCUGAGGACCACCAUCAUGAUAAUGUUAUGUGUCAUAAAUGGUGGAUCCCUUCAGUUUUAUCAGUUUGUACUUCGUUUUGUAUUGUGUUUUUGGUACAGGUGAAACUUUACAGGUUUUGGAAAGUGUCGAGGCAGUUACAGAGGGAGAGGGGGGAUGGUAGAGCACUAACGAGGUGUAUUUCGGAGUUGAGGAUGAAAGGGGCAAGUUUUGAUUUGUCGAAAGAGCCACAGAUUGGGAAGAAGAUGAAGAGCUCUAGUGUGGAGAUUAAAUGGAAGCCAUUGACUUGGUUAUCUCAGUAUGUUGUAACUAUUUGUCUUGUUUGUUUUACAGGAUUGGUGUUCCCUGCUUCCAGCCUCGUCCUCUGCAUUUGAUGAUCUUCAUCUUCAGUCUCAUUCAUACAUAAAUCAGCAAUUUGGACUCUGGAAAGUUGGCUCUUUGCUCCAAUCAGCUCGAAGACAUAAAAGAAGUGAAGAUUUUCGACAAAAAAAAAAAUGGGGAUAUAUAGAUGCAUACUCCCCACUCCCUAGCAACAGCAAGGUUUCUGCAUAUUUGAGAAGUCCCAAACUGGCUGAAAGAAGAACCCUUUUGCAAGACAUGGCAAGAAGGAAUUGGCUUCUGGUUCGAGUCACAGUAGAUGGAGCAAGGCUAGCCAGCGGAAGAUAAAGGCGGCUCAGUACAUGAAGCAUCCUGUUCACGCAGGGUCUACCAGACCAGCGGAACCUACACAGCUCAUUGUUGAUUCCACAGCUCGAAUGAGGUCAGACGUAGACAACUUUACCACUGAUCCAAGGCUCCCUUCAAGGUGCUGCCCAUGGACCUACACAAAAUAUUCUUCACCUCCAUCUGGUCAUGCUGCAAAUGACAUCAGUACCUACACAAAAUAUUCUUCACCUCCAUCUGGUCAUGCUGCAAAUGACAUCAGUAUCUUCUAAUAGCGUCUCUAUUCCGCUGAAACUUAUAAUCCCAGUGCUUGGAAUACCAGGCUCACUGCUCUGCCCAUUGCAAGAGUUCAAGAGCAAAGACCUAAAGUUUCGAGAGCCAGCACUUUUUAAGUUUGCAGGGAAAUACAGCUCUAUUAGUAAUGCUGAAACAGUACCCGAGUUCUAACGUCUCUUUCAUAAUCUGUACAUAAUUUAUCAAAAAUGAAGUACAAUACUACUCGAGUCUCAA